AUGUCUUCCUCAUUCCCCGCUACAGCUUCUUCAAACCGUUACUCUUCUUCUUAUGUUCCUUGCAGCAUCAAAGACGGUGCAACUAACUUGGACGGCAACAACCGAAAUUACUACAACUCUUUUACAACGAGCACCACCACCACCACCACCACCACCACAACAACAACAACAACAUCCACGUCUAUGGAGCUUGUACCUCAUUUGGGCGAAGAGGAAGGACUCACUACGAUGACAAACCCGACGACAGCCUCAAUCAUUACAACAGAAGAACCGCGCGCUUUCAUCAAUAAUAACAACGUUUCAGGUAUGAGUGUCAAUGUUUCACCAGCCUACAAUACCUCGUCGAGCUCUUCCCAAAACAAUGAGCUAUCAAUCCCGUCCUCCCCAUCAGCAAUUUUAAGCCCAAGCAUACUGGAUCAGCUUUUGCAAAGCGGUUAUCAUUCACUUACAGCAGCAGACACGGACCUCUAUUACAGUGGCUCGCCAUCGGCGCCGGUUGAACCCCAGAUUUUAAUGCCAAACGCACAUUUUCCUCCUUUCGUAGCACAAUACGAUCAGGGGCAGCAGCAGCAGCAAAACGUUAAUGACGCAUUGUCACCGACCCAGCUCACUGCUACUACGGAAACUGGUCCUCAGGGAUUAGCAACAACCACACCUGCUGGCAGCAACAAUCCCACCCUUUCACAGCAACAUACAGCCACACAAGGGAAUAACAGCAAUUGUAUAUACCCAACAACAAGCAUACCACACAGCAACUCAUUCGUAUCAUCAUAUUUAGCAUCCUCUUCGCCGUCAUCGCAUUCCAGUAGCAGUAGGCUCUUUUCAUAUCACCACCAGUCUCCCAUUGCACCAGCCAUGGACAUGGCAGCAGCAGGAACAACAAAUCCGGAAACCUUGUUGUUGCUAAACAAAGAGUCCCACGAACUUGAUCCAAAAAAGCUUUUGUCGUACAACUCUUUUUAUCAACCUGUGUCACCUUCCGUACUGGCCCCUGAAACGCUCAAAAACCAGCAGCCAAUAAACAGCAACAGCAACGCUUCCUCUACUACUAUACCUACUCCCAGUACUAAAAGUAGCAACAGUAGUGGUGAUGGUACAUUUAAACAUACCGACGAUACUCAGCGAGACAGCGACGAGUCUGCUGUUCCAAGCCUACGCGUAGCACCCGAUUCAGCUCAAAGCACGGUUGGGUCGCCCACAGGGUCACGGGAAGAUGGUAUCACCAUGGCGAGCAGUUGGCAACACCAACAACAAGCAAAUUAUCCUCUUCGGUCUGUGUUAUCCUCGUCUAUUGUGAUUGGCACACCAACAACAACAACACCAAUUAGCUCGACUAUUCAACUGCCCCAGCCUCGUGAUCAAGAAGCCUUUACCACUACUACCGAAACAGGCAUAAUCAUCAAUGCAGAAGGUGGUACUGUUGGAAAUACUACUGCGCAUUUUCACCAACCCCUCCAGCAGCGGCACCAGCAGCGGCAAAUGAACAACAACAGCAACAACGAUAACAAAAGGCAUCCAAGAGAAACAAGAACAGUCAGUCAAGAACUAUCAGAAUUUGUCCAAUUUCAACAUUUUCCUGACAGUACGAUUGAUGGAGCCCUUUAUUAUUUUAGUCGAGAUCACCUCACCGAAAUGCGCAAAAGACAUAUUCUAGCGCAAAACCACAGCUUCUCCGUAACUGUUCCAGGGCCUAUCGAUGUAAAACAGCUUUCUCAAUGUGCCCAGCAGCGUAUGACAGUAGGACUAGCAGCAGAAGCGAGUAACAAUAGCAUCGACAGCAAUACUUUGUUCAAAAUCCAAUCUCAAUCACCGUCAAUGUCUUCGCCUACACUAUCAACUACACAAGAUUGGGAACAGCAACACCGUCAGCCAUCGACCAGUAGUAGUGGCAGUAGUAUUCCUGCUGCUAGCAUUGUUUCUGCUGUCGCUCAAAGCGGAAAUCGCCCUCUUCGUUGGUCUACAAGAGCAAAAAGCACAACAAAUCCAUCGGGUUGGAGCAACAAGAGACUCAUAGGCAAAGACAUCAAGUUAUCAUCAACUGCUCCUGCGCCUAUACAUGUUAGCCACUUUGCGCUUGAGCGAGAAUUUGGGUCAAAAAAUCACCAUCAUCCAGCCAUCCAGCAGCAGCGGCAGCAGCGAACAGACAAUAGUGUUGACGAUGGUGACAGUAGUAGCAAUAGCGGAGACGAGAAAAAUGCAGCAUGUCCAGAGUGCGGUCAGAUCAUGUCAAGGUCUAGGGAUUUGGGACGCCAUAGAUUGACGCAUGUGACUGAUCCACCCGUGUACAACUGCUUCUGGUGCAACAAAACUUACAAGCGCAAGGACUCGGAGCGAAGGCAUAGCAAGGGUUGUUACAAAAAACAGAAAUGUCUAUAA